UCUCGCGCCGAACUCAGACGCCGACGCACCGCGCGACUCAGAGAAGGUCUGUCCGACGUGCGCGCGUUGCGCUGCAACCGGAGAGCCGUUGCUGCGAUGGUGUGAGCGGCGCCCGAGUGAGAGACGAACCCGGGACCUGGCCAUCGGUUCCCAUCCGGCGCUCGGCUGUCAGGUACAGGUAUACCUGGGUCUGGGUAUACCAACCGGGAGGAGAGCACAGUCCAGCAGCGAUGCUUGGUGCUCGAACCAAGAUUGCUGCUCACAGGAGGAAGUAGAGUGGCAGUUGUGCAUGCCGAAAGGAAGGAAUGUGGAUGGACGAGCCCAUGCCGAAGGCUUCUGGGUAGUCAGGCAUUGACUCCCAGACGCAUGACUGACAUCGGAGGCAGUGCACGGUAAAGGACUGCAGUGCCGCUGAUGUUGGGGGAGAGACUCCCUCAAGGUCCUCUUCCGCCUUACUGGACCGUGAAGCAGCGUGGUGUGAGGAAAGAGCGGCGGAGUGAUGCCCCCACCUUCGGACAUCGUGAAGGUGGCCAUCGAGUGGCCCGGCGCCAACGCUCAACUCAUCGAGAUUGACCAGAAGAAGCCGUUGUCCUCCAUCAUCCGGGAGGUGUGCGACGGCUGGUCCCUGUCGGGCUCGGAGCAGUUCGCGCUGCGCUACGCCGAUGGCCCACAGCUCUACAUCACGGAGCAGAGCCGAGGAGAAAUCAAGAAUGGGACCAUCCUCCGGCUGGCCAUAUCUCCAACCCGAGCUGCCAGGCAGCUGCUGGAGAGGAUCCAGUCCCACGGCAUCGACGCCCGGCUUGAGGCUCUGAAGGAGCUGGCCAAGCUGUCUGCAGACCCCACCUUUGCCACAGAGUUCAUCAACAUGGAAGGCAUUGGGACCCUAGCAAGGCUGGUGGAGAGUGGGACGCACUUCGGCGAGAUGCUGGCCUUCACGCUGACCGCCUUCCUGGAGCUAAUGGACCACGGCAUCGUGUCUUGGGACCUCAUCUCUCUCUCAUUCAUCAAACAGAUCGCCGGCUACGUGAACCAGCCCAUGGUGGACGUGUCCAUUCUGCAGCGCUCGCUUGCCAUCCUGGAGAGCAUAGUGCUCAACAGCCACAGCCUGUACCAGCGUGUGGCACAGGAGAUCACCGUGGGACAGCUCAUCGCGCACCUGCAAGUGUCCAACCAGGAGAUCCAGACGUAUGCCAUCGCACUCAUCAACGCCCUGUUCUUAAAGGCACCUGAGGACAGAAGGCAGGAGGAGCAUACUAAUGUGAUGGACCUGCCGCUCACCGAAAUGGCGAGCACCCUGGCUCAGAAGCACCUGAGGUCCAUCAUCCUCAACCAUAUUAUCCGGGGGAACCGGCCCAUCAAAGCAGAGAUGGCACACCAGCUGUAUGUGCUGCAGGUGCUGACCUUUAACCUUCUGGAGGAGCGCAUGAUGACCAAGAUGGAUCCCAGCGAUCAGAUGCAGAGGGACAUCAUCUUUGAGUUGCGGAGGAUUGCCUUCGACGGGGACAGCGACCCCGGUGGCACGGAGAAGCGCAAGGCUAUGUACACCAAGGACUACAAGAUGCUGGGCUUCACCAACCAUGUGAACCCAGCUGUGGACUUCACGCAGACACCGCCGGGGAUGCUGGCCCUCGACAACAUGCUGUACCUGGCCAGGCUACACCAGGACACCUACAUCAGGAUCGUUUUGGAGAACAGCAGCCGCGAAGACAAGCACGAGUGCCCCUUCGGCCGGUGCGCCAUUGAGUUGACUCGCAUGCUCUGCGAGAUCCUGCAAGUGGGAGAGCUGCCGAACGAGGGUUGCAACGACUACCAUCCCAUGUUCUUCACGCACGACCGUGCAUGGGAGGAGUUCUUCUGCAUCUGCAUCCAGCUCCUCAACAAGACCUGGAAGGAGAUGAGGGCCACAGCAGAGGACUUCAACAAGGUGAUGCAGGUGGUCCGGGAGCAGAUCACCAGGGCCUUGGCCAUGAAGCCCACCUCCCUGGACCAGCUAAAGAGUAAACUGCGGGCGCUAAGCUACUCUGAGAUCCUGCGGCUGCGGCAGUCCGAGAGAAUGAGCCAGGACGACUUCCAGUCACCGCCAAUCAUCGAACUCCGCGAGCGGAUCCAACCCGAGAUCCUGGAGCUGAUCAAACAGCAGCGCCUCAACCGCCUCUGCGAAGGCAGCUGCUUCCGGAAGGUUGGCAACCGCCGGCGGCAAGAGAAGUUCUGGUUCUGCCGUCUGUCCCUUAACCACAAGGUGCUACACUACGGAGACCUGGAUGAUCCCCCUCAAGGCGAAGUGCCUUUUGAGAUGCUUAGUGACAAGAUCCCUGUGUCAGAUAUAAAGUCUGUGGUGACGGGGAAGGACUGUCCUCAUAUGAAGGAGAAGAGCGCCCUGAAGCAGAACAAGGAAGUCUUGGAGCUAGCCUUCUCGAUUCUGUACGACCCCGACGAGGCCCUCAACUUUGUCGCUCCCAAUAAGUAUGAGUACUGCGUGUGGAUCGAUGGGCUCAGCGCGCUGCUGGGCCGUGAGAUGAACAGCGACCUCACACGCAGUGACCUCGACACACUAAUUAGCAUGGAGAUGAAGCUCCGCCUCUUGGACCUGGAGAACAUCGCCAUUCCUGAUGCCCCGCCCCCAGUCCCCAAGGAGCCCAGCACUUACAACUUUACCUACAACUACGGCUGAGGAGGACAGAGGGGAUCGGGAAGAAGGGGAGGGACUUAUGAGAUAGGGAUGGGUGGGGGAAGACUCCGCCCUAAAACUAAACUCCUCUUAAGGAUAACUACCAAGUAAUCGGACUGCUGUGGGCCACUGAAAUAUUGAAGCAUUUUGAUAAUAUGCACUCAUUCCCUUUUGCGUGUUUCUAAAAGAUUUGCUACAAAGUUCGAGUGACCAUCACUACAAAGCCUUAUCAGCUGCCGUACCGAGAACUCAAGCAUCUGUAUUUUUUUUGUGCAAAUUUCAAUUACUCUAAACCACGACUUUCUUGGUGAUCUAACAGAGCUGUUGUCUCAACAGCGUUUCACUCGUGUUGACCAGUACUGUAGGGGGUUAGGGUCUUUUAUAGCGUUUACCUUCGGUAUCAGCCCCUUUCACUCCUUCUGUACUAAUGCUCAUUGACGUUUGUUAAUCAGAAUAGAUUCUAUUUUUGUAAAAGAUUAUGUGAAACCAGCCCAGCAACAAAAGGGACGUUUUAUUCUGAGCAACCUUAGUCUUUCAACCGGAGCGGUCUGACUAGUAUAAGUGAAACACUAGGACUAACCCAACCACUUCCAAGUGCUUUGGAAAAACUGCGACCGCUUGUUUCAGGUAAACUACUACUACUUUAUGGUUGACAGACACCAAGUAGUUGUUGGCAGUGGCAACAUGCUGAAAUACUCUGUGAAGGACUUCCAUGGUGUUUUCUUCCAUCUUGGCAGCAGCAUAUCUGGUAAAGCAUAUGAUCAAAUUAAUUUUUUUGUGCGCUUUGCUUCAAAGUGUAAUUCAAAAAUAAAGUCAAACGGUUCAGUGCACGCUAUGAAUUGAAAAUGUUGGAAUUUUGAGUGAAGGGACCUAAACAUGAUUAGAUUUUUGCAGUUCAGAAACACUACUUGGAGAAUUAUGGUUAGUAUUGAGGGGCCUGAGAGCACGGUGCUUAAAUUGUAAAUUGUUUUAGAUGACUGCCUUUUUCUCCAGGCAGUAGAAUAACAGUAACAGGAAUAUUGACAUAAUUGCUUGUUUAGGAAAUGUGAUGCUUUUAGUUAUUGGUCUGUAUAGAAAAAUACAAACCAGCUGGACUGUCAGUCAGGAUCCCCCCCCCAAACAAGGUGAAUUUCUUUGGGGUGACCUGUGCCAAAUACCCCAGUUUGGGUACCUCUACAGGAUCUGCACUCUGAGGGGUCUGGCCUGGACCCUGUGAUUUUAACACGUUGGGUCUACGGACAUCCCACUUCCUCCACAGGACACGUUUGUGGAUGUUGCUAUGAUAAGGGAUGUUGUGUCACCAUCUGUUUUUUGUGUUGCCAAGGACGUUCCUGUCCUUGUCCUUUAAACAAUAACUAAAUGGGAUCAGGAAGAAGUUCCAUAAAGAAUGUCUCUUUACCAUUUGGCUAUGUGAGAGCUGCCACACAUCACCUGCUGCAUGUUAUACACCUGGAUAAUCCAAAAAGAACCUAUUGAGAGGUGUCCCUUUCCCUGUGCUUUGUAUGUCUCCUGUGGAGAGCAGUGAUCUCCAGGACAUUACAGCUGAAUUGCCACCAGGGUGAAGCAGUAGUUUACAACCAGCAUAUUUUUGGUUCUAAUCUCAUUCCGGAUGCCUGCUUCACCCUCCAUCCACAUCUAUCCUGCUGAAUAGAGUGGUACCUUUUACCCAUCAAUAACCCUAAGCAACAAACUCAUUGUGGAAGUUCUUGAAGAGUUUCUCAGUUGGUCAUCACUGCAGGCAUACAGACCAUACUUGUUUUCUAACUUGAUUCUUAAAGAUCUUACAGGUUCCUUAGCUGCCGUUGAGUAUUAUCCAAAGUGAUCUUUUUGUUAGAUACCGUCUCGACCCGCUGCGAGCGAAUGGAUUCUGCUCCGUAUUUGUCGAAUACAGUCUGAGGGACUUGACAACUGUAUAGUGGCUGUGAAAUUUUUGUACCAUUUCACGAAUUCAGACUUGAGUAACCAUGAUCUUGUGAAUGCUAGUAAUUACAGUGGUCUUCUACAUGUUGUUAAUAAAACAUAGUGUAUAACCAUAUAUAUAUAGACAUAUGAGAUAUGUAUAUUUUGUGUUGCCUUAUUGAAAGUUGUACUGAGUGAAUAAAUCGAAGUUGAACCGUUU